AUGGCUGUCAAAAUGGCCCCUAUAGUACUUCAAGAUGAUCAUAAUAAAGAAAUUAUUCAUCGUGACUUUGGUAUUAACGAAAAAGUUAUAGCAACUGUUACAGAUAACGGCUCUAACUUUAAGAAAGCUAUCAAGGAGUUUGGAUAUUCUAUGGAAGCUUUAGAGAAUGACUUUGACAUCAAUGAUGAUGAAUGUAUGGAAUUCGAAAUCAUUGAAAGGUCUAAAGAAGCCUCAAUAACAUUGCCUCAUACGAUAAGUCUAAUUGCCACAACAGAUGUUGAGAGAGCUAUUAAGGAUUCUCCUAACAUUUCUAAAAUUCAUCAUCCUGCAAUAGCUAAAUGUACUAAGCUAUGGAAUGCAAAUAAUAGGUCUAAAACUGCAGAAUUUAUCAAAGCAGUUUUAGGAAAACAAUUAAUGAGUAAUGAGGUGAGACUCAAAAAAUGUAAAUAUCGGAGAGAUUGCGUGAAAUUUUUGAGACAAAGAGAGCUAUUAGCUAAAGAAAUUAUUCAAGACCAAUUACAAAAAAUGGUUAAAGAAGAAGUUCAAAACCAUUUUAGGUUCAUUCAAACCCAAAAGUCUCUAACAUCGUAUGUAUCGUUCAAGAAUUCCUCCCAUAUCAAUGUAGCGUUAGAUCCGCAUAUUUAUAAAUCAUCAUUAUCUCAUACACAUUACAACCAGAAUAAAAAUUACAUACCUAAAGAAGGCCUUUUAACCCCCAAAAUUAGCUCGGCCUUCCAUUGCAGACUUCAAAAUUACAUCACGAUUGCCAAAAAAACUUUAUUGGAAUUGAAAACAUUCAAAACACCAUUUUCGAGUGGGGCGUUUAAUCGGGGACAAGGAAUGGAUCUACUAAAUGGUCGUUUCAUAGCUCAAAUGAGAGGAAUUUACCACUUUAUAUGCUAUGUUCACGUGAUACAUAAGCCUGGGAAAAAAAGACGCAUUUUAAAACAAUCGGACAACAUCCGUUUGCUCAUAUGUUUAAAUUCACAAUGCAGGAGUCAAAGUUCAUUAGAAUACAUAUCGGGCUUUGAAAGUAACACAAAAAUAUUUACCAUCGGAGUAUCUGGAUUAUUGCAAAUGCAGGCUGGAGAGUAUGCCUCAGUAUUUAUAGAUAAUAGAUCAAAAUUUACAAUAACAAUUCAAAGGGGCUCACAUUUCAACGGCAUUCUGCUAGGAAUUUGAAACACAUUUCAUUAUUUAUUAAUCUGUGCUAUGAUACAUUUUAAUUUUAUAUCUAUAUUGCAUUAAUUCAUUAUGUUAUAUAAUCAUGUCACUUUACUUAAAAUUUUAUUUUUUAAUUUUUGAAAACGUUUAUAUAUAUUUUUUAAUGUUAAUCGAAUUUUGAUUUAUGCAGAAACAAAUUAGUAUAUAUUUUUUAACAGUA